CGAGCGUGUAUUUUUUGUGGUCAUUCUUCUCCAAGUUUUCUCCAAGUGAAGUCUCUCUCUCUCUCUCUCUCGGGAAUUAUGAAUUUCAAAUUACUCCUCGGGGUGUGUCUCGUAGGUGUGGUCAGCGGGGAGGUCUUUUUCCAUGAGAAGUUUGACGAUGACUCCUGGAGCUCCUCCUGGCUCACCUCCAAGCACGACGACAAGGUUUUCGGAAAAUUCGAACAAACCGUGGGCAAGUUCUUUGGGGAUGCGGAGGACAAAGGAAUAAAAACCACCCAGGACGCCCAUUUCUACGCCCUUUCGACCAAGUUCCCCGAGUUUUCCAACGAAAAGAAGCCCCUCGUGAUCCAAUUCAGCGUGAAGCACGAGCAGAACAUUGACUGCGGCGGGGGUUAUAUUAAAUUGUUUGAUUGUAACUUCGAGCCGGAGAAGAUGCAUGGCGAGACUCCUUAUUUAGUCAUGUUCGGACCGGACAUUUGCGGGCCGGGGACGAAGAAGGUUCAUGUUAUUUUCAAUUAUGAGGGGAAGAAUCAUCUGAUUAACAAGGACAUCCGCUGCAAGGACGACGUCCACACGCACGUCUACACCCUCGUAGUCGAACCCGACCAGACCUACCAAGUAUUGAUCGAUGGUGACUCUGUCCAGUCCGGAAACCUCGAGGACGACUGGAACUUCCUCCCCCCAAAGAAGAUCAAGGACCCAGAGGCGAAAAAGCCCGAGGACUGGGACGACCGUGCUACUAUUGAUGAUCCAAAUGAUUCCAAACCCGAGGAUUGGGAGCAGCCAGAGCACAUUGCGGAUCCGGAUGCGACGAAGCCGGAAGAUUGGGAUGAUGAGAUGGAUGGGGAGUGGGAGCCUCCCAUGAUUGAUAACCCAGGGUUCAAGGGGGAGUGGAAGCCGAAGCAGAUCGACAACCCAAGCUACAAAGGCGCCUGGAUCCACCCGGAGAUCGACAACCCAGAAUACAAGCCUGAUUCAGAGAUUUACCGCUACCCUGCGAUUUGCGGGAUCGGGUUGGACCUGUGGCAGGUGAAGAGUGGGACGAUUUUUGAUAAUGUCCUGGUCACGGAUGACGUCGAGUUUGCCAAGAAGGAGAUUGAAAGGGUCAAGGAGGUGGUGGAAAAGGAAAAGAAGAUGAAGGAGCUCCAAGACGAAGAGGACAAAAAAGCCUCGGAAGCCGAGUCAGCCGCCGCGAAAGAGAAGGAAGACGACGAGGACAAGGAUGAUGAGGAGGAGGGGGCUCAUGAUGAGUUGUAGUCUUUAGUAGUGUGGUUUUUCUUGGUCUUUUUCUAUUUAGUGUAAAGUCACGUGAGGUAUUUAUGAAAUUGUUUUUGUUUUUGUGAGGCGUGGGGAAUUUGUGGGGAACGGUUUAUAUAAAUUUUUGUGAAUAUAUUUGUUAAUAAAAAAUUGUAAUAUCAUGUCGCCCCGAA